AUGACAGAAAAUGAGACUACAACGGUGUUUUUCCCAGACAUUGAUCUCUUGGAUGUGAUUAAUGACAAUGAUUUUAGAGAUAAACCAGCAUCUUCAUGGUCAGUGGCAAAGAUUGGAACUUUACAAGUGAGAAUUGAGCAGUUUUUAAGUUCUAGAAGGAAAGGUCGCUCUAGAAAUUUGAACACAGAUAUACCCUUGCAUCGUCUUUUGAGUAUUGCCAAUGAUGUUUUCGGGUUUGAUGGUUGGUCAAAUGAAUUGAUGGAAUUCUCAGUCACAGAAUACAUGGUACAGACCGAUGGUGAACGUGAGGGUCAUUGUUUACAAGUUGAAGCCAUUGUUAGAAUCACAUUAAAAGAUGGUACAUAUCAUGAAGCAAUAGGGAAAGGAAGAGCUGAUAAUUUACCAACAAAAGCAAUGGCAUAUAUGAAGGCAAAGAAGAGUGCAGUUACAGAUGCCACCAAAAUUGCAAUCCAUGGAUUUAAAAGCAUUGUUUUAGACCAUGAACAGAAACUAAGAGUUGGAUUCUAUGAUCAGGAUGUGGUGGUGUUUUGA